CGUAUACCCCCAGACCGGUGUCCCAGGUCCCUGGGCGCCGCGGAGGUUGAGGGAUGAGAAGGCAGAUGUGAGACGGCGGCCGGCCGCUGGGAAAGCGUGCAGGAUGCGGGGCCCGCUCUAAGAGUGUCCGGUCGGUCAUGGUGUACGUCGUGCUUCUGUCCGCCCUAGUGGGCUGUAUUCUUACCCUGCUGCUGCAGGUUCUGCUACUGUAUCGCCGCCAGCCCCAGCCUGUUCCCGGCUCCGUGCCGCCUCAGGCCAAAGCCAGGCCCGUACAACCCGACCCCUCCCUGCGCGACUACCUCCAGAGCGGCGCAGACCCACCGGCCGAGACCUGCCAAUUCCUUAACGCCAUCUUCCUCUUCUUAUUCCGCGAGCUCCGGGACACUGCGCUGCUCCGCCGCUGGCUCACCAAGAAGAUCAAAGUAGAGUUCGAGGAGCUGCUGCUCACCCGCACAGCCGGCCGGCUGCUAGAGGGUCUGAGCCUGCGGGAUGUGUCGCUGGGGGACGUGCUGCCCGUGUUCCGCAGCGUGCGGCCGCUCACUACCACCUUCGAACCCGGCCUGCCAGACGAGCUCAGCUUCGAGGUGGAGCUGGAGUACAACGGGGGCUUCCACCUGGCUAUAGACGUGGACUUGGUGUUUGGCAAAUCAGCCUAUUUGUUUGUGAAGCUGUCCCGGGUACUGGGCCGCCUGCGCCUGGUCUUCACCCGCCUGCCCUUCACGCACUGGUCCUUCUGCUUCCUGGAGGAUCCGCUCAUUGACUUUGAGGUGCAGUCACAGUUUGAGGGGAGGCCCAUGCCCCAGCUCACCUCCAUCAUUGUCAACCAGCUGAAGAAGGUCAUCAAGAGGAAGCACACUCUGCCUAACUACAAGAUCAGAUACAAGCCAUUUUUUCCAUUUCAAGUCAUGUCACCGGCUAUGGAGUUUGAGGAUCGGGAACUUACCCUUCAAGAUAUGGGCCUAACUGAAGGACGACUGAAAGUAUCUCUGAUAGACUGCAGCAGGCUUCUGAUAUUUGGGUCGUAUGAUCAGGAAACGCCAAUUCACUGCACAUUGGAGCUCAGCAACAGUCCUUGGAAAGAGAAAACAAGAUCUUCCAUCAAAACGGCAGAGUUAAUUAAAGGAAGUUCCCAAAGCCUUGGACUAAUCAUGGUACAAGCAAGAGAUGGGGACACAGGUCAUGUUUGCGUUGAAACUGUCACUCCAAAUUCUCCUGCCGCAGCUGCAGAUCUAAAGAAAGGGGAUCGACUUAUAGCUAUUGGAGGCAUCAAGGUUACAUCUUCUGUUCAAGCAUCAAAGUUAAUCAAACAGGCUGGGGACAGAGUCCUUGUGUUCUAUGAAAGGCCAGUUGGCCAAGGUGGAGGUGUGAAUGACAACUUUACACAUUUAGAAGAUUCAGCUUUUGCAGCUUCUUCAUAUACAUCAACUUUUGAGGAGGAUGCAGUUAGUAUUGGUGAUUCAGAAAAUAAAGAACAGGAUCUAGAGUUUGAAGACCUAGCUUAUGAUAUUAAACUUUCUGGAGAUGUAAAAGAUGACAUUUCACUACCCAUAAAUCAAAGCCCUAAACGCAUUGUUGCAAACCUUAAUGCAAAACCUUUGGGGUCCAUAUCGCCUAUCUUAAACCGCAAGUUGAAUCUGCCAGCUUACCAGAAACCUCAAACAAAGGUAAACAAAGUGGUUGCUCCAGAGACUCAAGAGACUUUACAACCAAGCAGACCAUUAACUGGGUCUAGCAACAAGCCACCAGUACCACCACGACCACAGAUUAAACUUACUUUAGCAAACAGCGAAAUUCCAAGUGCUUUGGAAUGUGGAGAUGUCUUGCAGGAAAAGGCUGAAAAACCACUCUCACCACCAUCUGUGAAUGGGGACAGGGUAACCGAGAAACCUGGAAAGCAGGCUGAUCCUGUGGAGGAAUUAACCACACAGAAAUCGAAUUAUCUAAAACAGGAUGCUGCUAAGGAUAAAAUAUCAGAAAGUUCGAUCAGCACCAAGGAUAGUGCGGAUGAUCAGAAUAUCUGGGAGUCCCCAGAAAUUUUAUAUAAAAAUAGACUAGGCAGGUGGACAAGAUCAUCUUCAACAUUUGAAGUUGAAGGCUAUCACAGAUAUCUGAAUGUAGCUCUCUGGUGUAGAGACUCUUUUAAAACUGGCAGUCUUAGUUGUGUAGGUCAUGUUAGUAUUAAACUGGAAGAAAUUGCAUUGGAAUGUCUCACCGCAUCAUCCUUAGAGUACCUUACCAGUUUCAGGUUAAAUGCCCCUGAACCGAAAGCAACAGUAAGCAGAACUGCAUUAAGAAGUUUAAGCAUGCAUAAAGGAUUCAAUGAAAAGCUGUGCUAUGGUGAUAUCACACUAAGCUUCAAAUUUCUAAUGGAGGGAGAGUCUGAGAAUUCAAGUAUGCUGCUAGAACGAGAAAGAGAUGUUAAUUUGCUGGAAGAAAUUCCAACAUUUCAAAAAGAAGAAGCUCCCAUGUCUUCCGUGGUUUUUACGGAAGCCAAACAUAACUUCCAGGAUACACAGUUUCAGAAUUCUACCCUGUGCGAUCAUUGUAAAAGGAAAGUAUGGACAAAGGCUGCUUCUCAGUGUAUGAUCUGUGGAUAUGUUUGCCAUAAGAAAUGCCAGGAAAAAUGUCUCACAGAAAAUCCCUACUGUGUUGCUAUAAAAAGAGUUGAUCUUGAGUCUAAGUCUUUGGGCAAUAGAACUGCAGGCAUUACUAGGCAUAUUAUAAACACAAGUUCACGCUUGCUGAACUUACGUCAAGCUCCUAAAGUACGCCAACCAGAGCAAGGAUCUGAUUUGGUGGAUCCUUCACCAAAGCACACUCCAAACACCUCAGACAAUGAAAGCAGUGAUACAGAAACCUGUGGGACCAACAGCCCAUCUAAACGAGCUUCAGGUGGUACAGGAAAACUCGUUCCGAAAGAGGGUGGGUUGGAUGAUAGUGUCUUUAUUGCUGUAAAAGAAAUUGGCCGUGAUCUUUACAGAGGUUUGCCCUCUGAGGAAAGAAUACAGAAGCUGGAAUUUAUGUUGGAUAAACUUCAGAAUGAAAUAGACCAGGAGUUAGAGCAUAACAACUCUCUGGUUAAAGAGGAGAAAGAAACCACUGAUACUAGAAGGAAAACGCUGCUUUGUGCUGCUUUGACCAAGUCUGGUGAAAGACUUCAAGCUCUGACAUUGCUUAUGAUUCACUACAGAGCUGGCAUUGAAGACAUGGAGUCAUUAGAAAACUCAUGUCUAGCCCAGCCAAGAAAAAUGGCUAAGUAUGAUGAAGGACCCAUAGUAGAAUCAGAAGCUGAUAAUAAUGAAGAGGAUGAUAUAUGCCAGGUGGAAGCAGAGACCUUAAACUACAUAUCUGAAGAGAAACUUUCAGAUUCACCAGAGGUUAUUUAGUUGUUACUCUACACUGGAAAUGUAUCUCUCUUCCUACCACUAUACCGUUUUAAUGAGAGCAUAAGUUUAUUUGCACUUAAGUGUUGUGUAAGUCAGCAUCUGGCAAGCCAUUGCUAGAAUGUUUCAUAAUGCUUUCACUACUUUCAAAAGUGGAAGUCAAAAGUAAUUUAAUGGCCAAGUUUGGAGUGGAAUCUUCUAGAAGCUAUCAGAUUGUGGUUCUUUAUUGAGCUUAGAACUCAGUCUUUUAGAGCUAGACAUUUCUGAAGAAGACUCCUGAAAAAUCUUCAAAUACGAAUAAAAUAUGAACUAGUUUGCA